UAACUUAAAUGUGCAAACACUUUUACUAAACAGACUGAAUUAAAUUGGACUGGAUGAGAUUUAGCAGUAAAACAUGCCUGUUUGGAUGCAGAUAGAAUCAACACCACGCUAACGGACGGUCUCUCUGUUUCCUGGCACUCUGCUUCAGUCACAUGGCUUUAAUCCACUUCUCCUCUCAGGCUCUCGUCCUUCCUCUGCAGCAGGAAGGCUUAGCUCCAGAGAGGUGAGACUCAGAGCAACAGGCGGGAUCCAGACGCCUCUCCAGGUAAACCUCGACUCUCCAUCACCAGCCUGCAGAGAGGGAAGCAGCAGGUUAAAGGAGGCUUUAUUUCUAUGUUUCCAUAGCAGCAGGACAGAGGUUUCUGAUGUCUCUGAGCUCAUAAUGACCGACUGCUGGAGCGUGGGAGACCCUCAAGGCUCCUCGCUGAAGGAGAGGCUGAAGGAGGGCUCGGUGUGGACCAUGAACCGGUACACCACGCUGAAGCAGCUGGGCGACGGCACGUAUGGAAGCGUGCUGCUGGGCAAGAGCAACGAGACGGGGGAGCUGGUGGCCAUAAAGAGGAUGAAGAGGAAGUUUUAUUCCUGGGACGAGUGCCUAAAUCUGAGAGAGGUGAAGUCCCUGAAGAAGCUGAAUCACGCUAACGUGGUGAAACUGAAGGAGGUGGUCAGAGAAAACGACUACCUGUACUUCGUCUUUGAGUACAUGAAAGAAAACCUGUAUCAGCUCAUGAACGAACGGGAAGAAAAGAUGUUUUCUGAAAAUGAGAUAAGGAACAUUCUGUUCCAAGUCUUAUCUGGUUUAGCUUUUGUGCAUAAGCACGGGUACUUCCAUCGUGAUAUGAAACCAGAGAACUUGCUCUGCAUGGGCCCCGAGCUGGUGAAGAUCGCAGAUUUUGGACUGGCAAGAGAAAUCCGUUCACAGCCACCCUAUACGGAUUACGUAUCUACGAGAUGGUACCGAGCCCCAGAGGUUCUGCUCAAGUCCAGCUCCUACAGCUCUCCCAUUGACAUCUGGGCCGUCGGCUGCAUCAUGGCGGAGCUGUACACCCUCAGACCGCUGUUCCCAGGAAACAGCGAAGUGGACGAGAUCUUCAAGAUCUGCCAGGUGCUGGGAACGCUGAAGAAGCCUGACUGGCCUGAGGGCUACAACCUGGCCACCUCCAUGAACUUCCGCUUCCCAAAGUAUUCCCCCACCAGCCUCAGGUCGCUGAUUCCCAACGCCAGCAACGAGGCCAUCGCUCUGAUGAAAGACAUGCUGCAGUGGGACCCCGAGAAAAGACCGAGUGCUGCUCAGGCUCUCAGGUAUCCAUACUUCCACGUUGGCCAGUCCCUCGGUGGUCCUCUGAAGCACUCGGAGCAGCACAGGAACCAGGAAAAGGCGUCUGAAGCAGCUCCAGAACUGAAGCCGCUGUCUCUUUGUAAGAAUGAUCUGGACUCCUGUGAAGUCAACAAACCCCGACCAGAACCACAGACCCGCAGCCAGUCGCUCCAUCAGCCUCUGCAGCAGAUCCUCCUUCCUCAGGAGAACAUGGAGCCCAACGUUCACCAGCCAAUGUGUUCCAGCGCCCUGAUAGAAGGCCAACAAGAACCUCUGAGCCUGGUGAGGAACAGGCAGCCAGGGAGCUUUAAGACUGUCGGUCAGCGAGGAGUCGCCUCUGGAACAGAGAACAGCGUAUCUGUGGCUCGGACUGGACGGAGACGAUGGGGACAGACGUCCUUCAAGUCGGUGGACAGCUGGGACGACGGUGACGACACGGACGCCGGAGUUUCCAUCUCUAAGAAACCCACGAUAAUGUCUCUGAAGAACAGGGCUCUGGAUCGACUUUCAGAGUCAAAGACCAACGCAGGAGCAAAGCUAACGAGCAACGCUGGUCUGAGCAGAACCGACUCCACCAUGAUGUCCGCCAAGCAGCAUUACCUCCGCCAGUCCAGAUACGUACCCGGCGUAAAUCCAAAAAGCAACUCGGCAGCAGGAAGCCAGGGCAAAAAGACGUGGGGCAACAGCAGAGCACCGGGGCUGGAGUUUCCUCUGGGUAAAGAUGUCAGUCUUCCCAAACUAACGGAGAAGCAGCCGCUGAAAGAAAAGACAGCGGACGAUGUGGAUUUUUCCAAAGACUCCUCCAACAUCAAGACUCCGUUUCCACCUUUCCAGAAGACUGAACCUGGAGCAGGAAGACAGAGGAUUACCCUGGCACCCAUAGCGCCCCCUGCUGUCGAUCUGUCGUCUGCUGCUGAUCUGAGAACAGGAGCUAAAACCAAACCAUCCAAAAGCAAAACCUCCUUCAACAAGCCCUCAAAUCCCUCAAAUGAAGAGAACGAAGGAGGACGGAGGAGCAGGUCUGUGAAUCCUCAGGUUCCUGCCUCCAAAGCCUCCUUCUGCAGGAGCUCCAACCUGCAGCCGGUCCACGGACGGGUCGACUGGACGGCCAAAUACGGAGGUCAUCGGUAGCAGGAUCCACCUACAGAAUAUUGUUUUGUGCUCUACAGGCGGGUCAGAACUUCUAGUGCCUGUUUGUUAAUAAUGAAAUAAAGUAGUUAUUUUUAUAAUUAAGCGAGUGAUUUAUUUCUUCACAGCAGCAAAAAAAGGUGCAAAAGG